AUGGAGAAUCCGAGCCAACUGGCAGCGCACAGCGCCACACGGAAUCUGUUCUUCGGGGAUCGCGGCAACAACCGCCUGCGAGCCAUCUUCGGAUCCCUAGGGCCGCAGCCACAAGUACAGCAAUUCUACUGCACCAACGGCCUGCCGUGCACGCUGAAAGUGCAAGGCAACGGCUUCUCCGAGAAGGAUCACCUGGCCUUCUCCCGCGACUACUUCACCGAACCGGUUGUGUGCGGUUCAGCCCGCCUGGAAGAUCAGUUUCCACAGGUGUACAACCUGGCGGUAUGGAGUCGGCUUUUCCUCUACAAGGAGUUCGAUCUGGGAAAGCUGUCGGUGCCGAUCGUGGGGCAGUUUAUUGUUUGCUACUGCAUCGGCAACGUCGGGAAAGAGUGCGACGUGCCCGAAGACUACGAGUUCAAAGCCGGGCGGUUGCACGUGGUGGGCCCCAACGCUGGGAGCACCAUCUACGCUCUGGCUGGCGUCCCCUUCGACAUUGCCCUCUUUGGCGCAGCCUUCCGAUUGACAGAUCGCAUUCGCCUGAUCUUGCGGAACGAGACCUGCGGGGCUGGAGGCUCCACGCCGGUGAACGACGUCCUGCCGUUCCUGCGCGCCUGGCGCAAGCUUCGCGCCGUGAGCCGCCUCAGCCAUGCGGAGGCCCAGGCGGCGCUGAUCCAGCUCGGCAGUGACCUGGCGCUGGAGACGGCCGUCCUUGAGACCAUUCGCAGGAUCCGGCAUCCCGGGCUCCAUGAGCCGACAAGCAACUUCGCGCGGCAGGAUCCACGAAACGACAUUCUCAGCCCUUCCGUCGUGGCUUCGCGUCUGGCCAGGAGCGACGAAGUGUCGAGGAUGCACCUCCUGGAGACUCUCGCCAAGCUGCUUCCGAGGGAGAUCACAGCCCACGCGGCAACAUUGCAGGCGCAGAUCCAGGACGACAGCGCCUGGAUCCGAGCGGCGGCACUCAAGGCCUUCCUGCAGCUGGAUGUCAGCAUUCAAGCGCAAUCCGCAGCUGUCCUGGCUCAGCGUUUGCCUGAGAUGCUUUUCCCGGUGGAGGGCGACCUCCUCAUCGAUGCCGCGCUCUCGGCGCUGACCGCGUCCGACGGUGCCGAGAAGGAGGCGCUGACAAACGCGAUCGCAUGUCUCUUCCAGCGUUUCCCAGCCCCUGAGACGAAAGAGUCUCCAAAGAAGGACUCAAAGGAUCCCAAGGACGAGCAUGCGGAGCACAUCCGGCGCAGUGUCAUGACUCGCGUGAUGAAGAAGCUCAACCACACGGACCACAUGUUGCCAUUCGUUGGCAGUGUGGUGACUGCAAUGCGGGACCCUCUCCCCUCCCUGCGGUCCAAAGCUUUGUACCUGCUCGGGGAGAUCGACAAGAAGCACUUGGAGCCACACGUGCCGGUGCUGGUCUCGGCCUUUCCAGGCUUCUGCGGAACCGACCUGGCCCUUUUGGGCAAGGAGAUUGCACGACAUCCUGCCAGAGCUUAUUGCCAUGCCUCAGUGCUGCAAACUGCUACAAGCCUCAUGAAUGCGGACGUGCCCAUGAACAAAAAUGAGUAUGGGCUCCAGCUGAUCCAACUGGUGACCGACACCGAUGCAGGAUGUCGACUGUUGGAGUCCACCCCCACGGCCAUCGAAGCCGUGAAGCAAGUUACGCUGCGCUUCUGCAGUGGCCACAAGUUGCACAAGCUUGCGGCGAAGCUCAUCACAAAGGUGGAAGGCCAGCGAAGCACAAAGCGGCCAAGACGCGCUUCGACGAGCCCGCGUGUCGUGGAAAUGCUAGGUAGCAAGUGA